UGUCACAGUUUCCUCGAUGCUGACCUUUAUUUUUUGGUGCUACAGCUGUUUCCCCAGUAGUUUAUUGUGCUUUCAUUUUUUUUUUUUUUCACGUUUUAUGGCUCAAGUACGUUCGUUGAUGUUUAAAUCAGAUUGUCUAUCUUAUCGGCGCAAAUAGUUCUUGAACCUGAAUAAUGCUGCUCGAUUAUAGUUGGGGAAUAUUUGUGACGGUUGAUUCAAAAGAUGAAAUGAAGAAUUCUAUCUCUGAUUCGACAUUAUGUCAUCAAAGUGGAACAGGCUAGUUAAUUACGGUUGUCGUACUGUGUUCCAGUUUAUUGCACACUUUACACACAAUAGUCCAAACAGGAGGACAAACAGGUGAAUUACUGGACCACUCGAGCAUGCAAUCUGCGUCACUGGACUCGCACCCACAGCCGCUCUCGAGUUCACGUGGCUGCAACAUGCGACAAAUUAAUUAGCAUGCCGAAACGCCUUGCGUGCUAUGCUAUGCUAUGUAUGUAUGCCUCCCCGCUCGAACUCCUCCUCCCAUGGUCGGCCUGGCCUAGCCAACCCGAUUAUUAUGCAUAAUAACAGCCAAUUUCCAGCUCACAAUUGCGCACACGUUUAGCGGCUUGUUGGCCAGAAAUUAUGCAUCAUGGAUUGCAUCGGACCCAACCACCAAAACGCUAAUACGCCGAUUUGGGUAUUGCAUUACAAAACCCUUUUAACCAGCGUCCGAGUGGCCUAUCGCAACGUGUUUUGUUUCUUUAAUAAAGCCCCAUAAACAAAAGGGAGGGGAAACUGCAUUCGGGCCUCCAAGAUAAAAGCAACGGUCAAAGUCCACGGGGCGCAUGAGUAAUAUUCGUGUCCAGAUUAAGUAUACGCCCCAUUGGCGAAGCCAGUGAUCAAGAAAAUCGAGAAUCUUUGCUCGGCACAUAAGCAUGACUGUCCAGCCAAGCAACUGCAGUCACACCUUCCUCUCUUGGCUUCGUAUACUAUAUACAAUAAACUUUUGUAAUUCUUGUCGUUCCCCUUUUGAUAAGAGUCCAAGUAGAUUUGCAUUGAAUUUGCGCCUCAGAAUAUCAAGCAUGUUCUCGAAUUUCUUCUGUUAUAGUGCACACUAUCUCCCAUGAAAAUAAAAGAGCACUUGAUUGAGUUUAUAAGGGCAUUAGCAUUUUAUAGGCAGCCCAAACCCCAAAGUUCGCAACCCCCUCAAUUGCCAAGCGACGAAUUAAAUAUAUACCUGGCUGAGACAAUGAAAGUGGGUAUAAGAUAAGAAGGUCUGCCCUUUGCACUGUCAGCCAAUAAAAUUAAUUACCAAAUUUCCAUAAAAUCAAUUUGCCUAACUAAUCCACAAAACCGAAUCGCUUCCUCUAUCAGGCCCCGGUAUUUAGAUUACAGGGCACACUUUCUUGAUGGACAACAAGACAAAAACUUUCGGGGAAUGGCACCCGCAGCUGCCCAGCCGUCAUUCGCACUUAAUGAAACAAUGAACGAUAAGAGCGAUGUGCCAAAUGAAUUGAACUUUCCGUUGUCUCCAAUUUGUCAGAUCCAGACAAUUGCCGCACUUCAGUCACUUCGGGCCAGUGGAAUAGAGUGUUUGCCUCCCAAAUCAACUAUUGGCGUUGAAAGAGGGUGAAAACCGCAGUCGCAGACCUCGCCAACGGGCUUGAUACUGCCAAGGUGGCGUUCCAGUCGGUCUGUGAUUUCCUUAGCGAGUGGUUUGGCUGCCUCGAGCACUGCACUCAGUCGAGAAUCAAGUCUAGAUCUGCUUGCAACAUGUUGGCCGCGCAUUAAUUGGCCCGCAGCCAGUCCUUCGAAAGCAGCAGCAGUAGUGACAACAAAAACAAAAGAAUAGAACAAUAGCUGGUGGAGCAGUCGUUUUUCUUUCCUCGGGAAAUGUAUGCCAGAGGAUCCGAACUACACCAAGAAACACACGCCAGCAAUGGCAAUCCCGUCGAGAAGGAGCAUGACACCACGGAUGUGGCAAGCAUGAAAAAGUCCAACGGAAAUGAAGGCAACUGCGAGUCGCCACUGCUGGAAAUCGAUGAAAACUACGUCUGUGACAUUGCCAUGAUGCGGAUCGGAGGCGGCGAGGAGGCGCCUGCCGGAAGCCUCAGUAUGAAACACAAUGCCCAUAUGGAUGAAUCAUCCGGUGGAAACAAUGAGAACGAAGUGGAGAUCGAUCGCCAGGAGGAGGAGCAGGCGGUCAGCGAUCUGGUGCGUCUGAGCGGUGCAGGUGCCCUCAUGGAAGCGGACAGCAAAAACAUUGGCAGUAUGCGGGUCAUAUUUGGCAUCCUGGUGCGCUUAGUGCUUCCACUGGCCAAUGGAGUGGCUAGGGGCAUCAAGGGCAUUCGCGACGUGCGGGUGUUGAGGGUGCUCCAGAACCUGGCUUCCAGCCGACAGGCCCUAACCAACUUGGUGGCCUUUGCGGCCAACACCAUCUCACUGAACCUGUCGUCAGUUCAGGUUUCAAACCGCUUGGGACCCUUGAUGAAACUUCUCAAAAUGCGCAAGUCCCAGGACGGACUAGAAAGUCUUCCGGAUACUCUGACUAUGCCCUCCACGCCCAGUACCCCCUGCACGCCUAUGACUCCUAUGCAGGGUCCGCCCAUUUACAGUGCCCUGUCGGAUGCACCCAGUUGCUGUACCAUCAAUAUAUUGGCCGAACCACCGCCGGGCCAGCCGAUUCGGGCCGACAUUGUACUCAUCCAUGGACUGCACGGAUCGCUGGUGAAUACCUGGAAGCAGGGACUCUGGCAGAACGAUCGCCAGCCGGUGGAGUUCGAGCGGCCGCCGAGACCGCCGGUGCGACCACCCAAGCGACCGCGUCAUUCCCGCAGCGCUGCUAUUCAUCCAGCGCCCAGGGAGAAGAGGGCAAAGUUUGCAUCCCUCAACCGCAAACGAGACUCCUCGGAAGAUGCUCCUUUAAGACUGCGGACGAAAAUGCAGCACUCUGUGGAGGCACGUCCGGAGGGCUUCCAUUUUAAUGCUUCCGAUAGCGACGAUGAUGCCGAAGACUACGCCUAUGUAUGUGGUGGUCCGGAGGACAUUCAGAUCUGCGAGGGAAUCGAGUAUAGCUUUCCCACCUUCCGACUGAGGAUGCACGACAACAGUCGCCUGCUGCAGGCCGAACUGGAGUCCAUGCUCGAGGCGAACGCUGGUAACAAUGAGGUCCAGCCGGAUGCCGACCAAGCCAAGGAUAGCCGCCAGCGGCCCUCCACCCUUGGAACGCCGCCCCGCAAGCCCGCCCGCAAGAGCAAACCGUCGCCUAACGACCCCAACUACUCGAAAUGCUGGCCGGGCGAUUGGCUGCCACUCGACUGUCCCGGUGUGCGGGUGAUAGCCGUCAAUUACACCACCGAUCCGUAUCUGUGGCGACCGUUAUGGAAGCGCAAGGAGCCGCGCUCCAGCCUUAUGCAGCGGGCCCGGGAGAUGGCCGAGCUGCUCAUCCAGCACCGAGUGGGUCACGGUCAUCCCAUCAUAUAUGUUGGUCACUCCAAGGGCGGCCUAUUCAUCAAACAGCUGAUCGUUGAUGCCUGGGAAAGCGGUCGCCCGGCUAUGACUCCUCUUUGGAGAUCCGCCCGCGGGUGCUUCUUUUACUCAGUUCCCCAUCGGGGCUCCCAUUUGGCGAGCAUCAAGGCACCACUGCUAUCGCGAUCCGUUGAGCUGCUGGAGAUUGAAAAAAACAACAAAUACCUGUUGGAUCUCCAUCGCCGUUUCGCUGGCCUGUAUCACCUGGGCCACCUGAAGAUUGAAGUCUUUAGUUUCGUGGAGACUGCGUUGACUCUUAUGUCUGUGCUUUAUCUGCGAAUUGUUGGUGUGGACUCUGCAGAUCCCGGUAUCGGGGAUGUCUGCGGCAUUCGCCUGGAUCAUCGCGAGAUCUGCAAACCACGGGGACGGGAUUGUAUAUUGUACAAAGAAUUGGUGAAAAUGAUUGAGAAGGUGUGCUGAGCAUGCCAAACUAAUGGAAUAGAGGUGUACUGGUUGAGGACCUGAUUUAUUUGAAACCGAAUUGUGAAUAGAAAUGACAACUCUAAGGUGUCAUGAUAAUUACGCGUACCUAAAUGCGGUGUCCCGAAAAUAUCGCUUUUUUGGGGCAGGUGUAAUCUUAAAGCGUCGCUUGUUGUUUUUAGAGUGCAUAGCAUUUUAUUUUUAAAGUUUAAUUCGCUUAUCCAGUUAGCUCAAGUUAGUUAUAUUCGUUUUUUUGUCGUUAGAUUAAGCCUAAGCUGAGCAAAUCAAUAACGCUUGGCCAUGCCAUUGGGCAUCAAUGAUAAUUUUGCAAUUUUUGUGAUCGAUUGUGAUCAUUUUAUGGCACUUUGUUGUGAUGUUCCCUCAUACCACCCGUGAAUACGUUAUCUAUAUUUGUACAUGUUAGAGUAUUUAAAGGUCGUUAGUACUAAAACUGUCUAUAUCUGUAAAUGAAGUCUACACCGCUGUAAAACGUUACCAACGAUUAUUUCCAUUUGAAUAACCUAUCGAUGUUUUAUACCUAUUUGAUAAGUAAUUAAUUAAUAAAAUCAUUAAAAAAAAACCAUUAAAUUGUUUUGAACAAGUUAGGCCAACAAAAAAGAAAGGAAGGCUAUAGGUGAACCGAUUUAAAAAGGUUAAAAUAUUUAUCCUAAAAUAAUAUUAUCCUAAAACAAUGAAAUGAGAAAGAUUUGUAUGUGACAUCUAAAAUCAAAAGGAUAUCUGUCUCCAAUCAGUCAAAUAUUACAAUCCAAAAUUAACUUGAUUAAACAUAAUUUUUCCACAUCUUUCCUAAUUUUCUUCGAUAUUUUCUUGAUUUUUCAGUGUUUUAGUCUUUUUUUCCGUAGAAUAUAGAUGGAAAAAUCGCAUGCUAUAUUUUGUUACUUACUCAAGAUUGCAUGCGAUAUUUUUCCAAAAGUUUGAACAUAGGUUCUAGAAUAAACUAUAACAGUCCUAUCUUUAUACCUUUCUUUAUACCCUCUGUAAUACCCUCCGUAAGAUUAAAAUAAAAGACGAUUUCCAUGUUUUCCAUCAUAACUUAGAUUUUAGUAUAUUUUUCCAAUAGUUUAAGGUUGCAUUCAUUUUUUCUUUGCCAUAUCUUCUGUAUUCUCUAAACAAACAUCGAGCGUUGUUACAUUUUUCUCUUAGACUCUUUAGACACGCUAAUCCAUCCAUUGAUAUUGAAUUUUCGUUUUUGGCUGCUUAGUUGUUGGUUGCCACAAAAUUUAGUUUGAAAAUCUUUAACACGAACCGUUGGCAGCUUGGUAGCUACAAAUAAUUAAUUUCACCUGCAUUAUAUA